CACAGGUCUACCCAGCAACAUGAAGAGAAGAAGACCAUAGAACAAAGCUAAGGUAAACACUCAAAGGCUCUUGACCUUCCUCUAAGAGAUGUGAUGUCAAUCUUUUCUAGUGUGUUAGGAGCCCCAAGUUAACUAUGGAUGGAGAUGAAAGUGAGAUGAGCGGAGAGGAGUGCUGGAUAAUAGACAAGGCUAAGGAGACCCAACGGGUCUCUCCGGAUUUGCUGGAGAAAUGCAAUCAGCUGCAGUCUCUGCUGAAAAGAAGAGAGGAGCAGGCCGCGUGCCUCCUGAGACUUUGCGAGUCUGUGGCUGCAUGUGAGGAUACUGUCAAGAAACUUUACUCAUUGUUGGAAUGGGAGUACAGUGACACAGAUUUGGACGAUGACAAUGACCAAACAAGCUGUGGACAAGCAUCACCACUGUCAUGCGAGUCUGUUCCCUCAGAAACUCAAGUCCACAGACCUCUGGCUUCUGAUGGCUCGGCUUCUUUUUCAUCUAAGCCAAAUGACAGCGAAAAACAAGAAAAAGUUCUGAGAAAAAAACACCCUCUCGCUUUGAAGAGCCCAGUAGUGGUCCUGACCAGAAUGACUGGAUCUCAAAUGACCAGCUCUCCAUCUCCUCCAUUGCCUCAGAAUCACUGGAGUGAAAAUGAGUCUUUAGGCACUGAUGGGUCUGACAUGCAGUGGGAACCCAGCGGAGACUCGAGUGAUACCGACUUUUCUAUUUCAAGUACACGUUCAAACAAGAAGAAAAAAAUGACCAAAAAGAAUGGAAAACACACUAAGAAUGACACAACACAUCAGGAGAGAAGAAACUCCAUCAGAAGCGGAGCAAAGACAUCGACUCUGACAACAAACGCAGAAAGCAGCGCCAAAAGCAGCCCAGUGAAAACACUGACGCAGCAAGCGGGUACAGUUCCUGAUGCAAAAGGCAAAACGGCAAAGUCACCACAAGCCGACACAAACACAAGUGCUGAGAGCAAGGCAACGAAAACAUCGACAAAACCAGCAAGCGCUUCAGGAGUAACUCCUGUAACCACUGUAUCAGCUGCUUCCCAGUCCUCAGCCACAAAGACCCCUGCUGCGGUGCCACAAAGAGAGAUCAGUGUGAACAUGAAGGUCCUGGCCAGAAAGAGGCCUUUGAGCUGGCAUCCAGGGACAAUUGUUGAAAUAAUAACAAAGGAAGAUGGCAGGGUGAAAUACAAGGUCAACUUUAAGGAGAAGGGGAGGAGCCUAGUGUCUGGUCACCACAUUGCCUUUGAACACAUGCCAAAGGUGAAUGAGUUGCUUGUCGGUGCGCGUGUGGUGGUCCGGAGCAAAGACGACCAGUUUGUGCCUGGUUUCAUGGCAGAGGUCCCCUCCAGAAAAAACCGCAUGAGGUUCCUGAUUUUUACUGAUGAUCACACUCCAGUGUAUGCUAGCUUACGUGCAAUGCACAUGGUUUGCAAACCACUGGAGAACCCUUUGGAUGAUAUCCUAGAUGAAAAGCACAAGCUUUUCAUGCAGAAUUAUAUAAAGAAGUGGCCUUAUCCACCCAUGACGCAGUACCAUGUCGGACAGACUGUAAACGUGGAACGUAACGGAUUCCUGCAGAGGAGUAAAGUACUGGAUAUCGACUGCAGUUUGAUGGAAGUUGUUUUUCUGGAUGAUGAUCAUAAGGAGUGGAUCCACCGAGGCUCCAGUUGCUUGGAACAAAUGAUUAAUGUGAAUGAGAAUUUAAAUAAGACUUAAAAGGAGGACGGGCGGAAGAGUAACACUACCUCAAUCAAUGAGUCAUCACCAUCAUCAAACUGAUGGACUAUGAGGAUGCUUUAAGUUUGUCCAGCUGAGCCUUUCUCUUACUCCUGGGGAUAAUGCCUUCAGACCAUGCAGAUACUACAAAUGUAUUCAUUUUAUAACAGAUUUUGUACAGCUGAACGAAAAUAAAAUUUUCUUAGUAGGUUCAAACUUAUUAUGUGUUAAUCUGAAAAAGUGGGCAUCUCUUAUAUGUGUGUGGCUGCAAAGUCUGCAGCUCAUUUUCAAGUUGUUUUACCAAAAAAAUGUUUGUAAUAAAACUACAAGGAAUUAAAA